AUGUGGAAUAAUUACUGGGCCGCAAUCUGAUAUUUCAAAAACAGUUGUGUACAUCAAUUACUCCAUUAUCAAGAAAUACAAUAGCCUCCACUACGUGAUCUAUAGUGACCUUGACACCACUAGCCUGACCUUGAUCGGGAACCAUAGGAACCAAUUCAACGAAACACCAAUGGUUGGAAUAAAGUAUGGGAUCCAAACAAUAGGAGUGGUAGCAUGGCAGGGUCAAAUCUAGCCAACCGUGGCUUCCUUACCCUCGUUCAGACUUACUUAGAGGGUGAGGCACAGUUCAACGCAAGAUACGCUGACGUCAUGGAAAUGAUAUAUCACGAACUUAUUGAUAAGGAACCGUAUGACGGGAACGGGAUUUCCCAUGACAACUGUAUGCAUCAACACAACAUCCCGGCAGGGAACAGGGGCCCGUAUAUUAACACCCACAUUCGGAGAUUGGUUUACAACGGGCAGUACGGUGGUGACUACAUGAAACACAUCGCUCAGUUAAUAUUACUUUUUAAAAACAUUACAGCUUAUGAAUUUUCCGAAAUUUCCGUUCGGGAAUUUACCAAAGCGUUCCUGGAUUGCCACGUUCUUUUCCUGCGAGGCCGUACCUUCGAGCCAUCAGUUUGCGGGCGUAGCAUAACUGGUAAUGCCAGGGUCACAUAUUGGACGGCAUUUAAUUCAGUUCACAGAGUAGCCACAAUGCUUCUCCCAGUUGGACAUAGGGUUAGUGAAAUACAAGACGUGUUAGAUCGUUACCAUAACAAGGGACCAAGCUCAAAGAACGCCUUGAUAAAAAACCGCUCACUAUUUGCGUCUGAUAUGAUGGCACAUCAAAGACUGGCAUUCAUGGCUUCCGUACGAAUGCAUUCAUCGAGGACGACAAGGCCUGAGACGUGGAUAGGACGCCGAACGAUGAAUGAGAAUGGUUACUAUUUGGGUGACGGGAUGACCACAAUAAUGAAAGAUGGCGACGAGCUUGGUAUCAGGGGCAAUGAGCUAUUUCAACAUUAUGACUGGGCAAAAAUUCCAGGUGCCACCAUAGAGUAUGCGAAGCAAGUUCCACGAGCAGGUAUGGAGUACGAUCCAACUAAUUUUCCUCACCAUAUCAGUAAGGCAGACUUUGUUGGUAGUACAUCUGAUGGUGUGUAUGGCGUCGCUGCGAUGAUCUACGACCGUCCAACAGUUAACAUAACUCUAAAGAAGUCUUGGUUUUUCUUCGAUGAUGAGCUAAUUUGUUUAGGCUCAAAUAUUGAGACUAGAGAGGGAAUAAACGACACUCAACCGGUUCUAACCACUUUAAACCAGAUAAUCCAAGAUGGUGCCAUAACUGCCUAUGAUGAAACGAAAGGACUUGUAGAAAUUCAAAAUGGUGAAGUGUAUUUGCCGAAUCCAACAUGGGUACAUCAUGACAAUACGGGUUACAUAUUUUUGAGCAAUGUAACAAAUGUUUACAUGCAAGGUGAGAAUCGGAGUAAUACUGAUAUUGAUGGAAACAAGGUGAUUUCAAACCAGGUGUUUUCAACUUGGAUUGAUCAUGGAAGAGCGCCACAAAACCUUCAAUAUGCUUAUUCCGUCCGUCCAAACAUCACAGUUGGUGAGAUAGAUGCGUAUAUAAAUUCAAGCCCCGUCAGGAGGGUGCAACAAAAUUCAAACAUUCACGCAGUGUUCCAUACAAAACUCAAUAUAACUGGACUUGUUUUCUUUACUCCGGGGAAUGUUUCAACUCCUAAUGGAUAUGUGGUAUCAGCUGAUAAUCCCUCAAUUGUUAUGAUUCGAGAAUCAAAAAAUAACAUGUUCAUUACUUGUUCUAAUCCUGAAAACAAAGGCAUUGUUUUAAAAAUAAAGUUGAGUAAAAAUGUUCGGGGUCCUGGUGCUAGAUUCUUUGUAGAAUCAGGAAUGACUGACGUCACUUUUAAUUUGCCCUCAGGUCGACUUGCUGGCUCAAGCAUAACCAAGUUAUUAAAGUGGCAAUGACUGUGACUCAAAACAUGUACAGGGUGAUACAAAAAAUGCCAUCCACCCAAAUUACGAUGCGUAACUUUUUUCUGUAUGAAAUCUGACUUGUUAUUUGACCUAUUAAAACUCCAUGGAGCAACUUCACAAUGGGUUUCAGAUGACUAGCUCACCCAGAUGCCCUUUUAUAAGAUGUGCUCUUUUGCAGGCUCACAAAAAAAUACCACCCACCUUUUGUAACAUUACUUUGGUGAUUUAUUUGAUAAUGACAACCUUAUCAUCUC